UAACAUAACACAUUUGGUCAUAAUGGUCAGUUCCCAGAAAAGCUUGCGUUGCUUCGCCCGCUCUGGAAUUAUGGGUAGUGUAGUUGUUUGAAUUCUACCUCUCGUUCCUCGCGCGUUGUGUAGCUGUGAAAUCCGCACUACUAAUCCCAUGUGACAUUUAAAAAGCAUGUGCCCAUUUAAACACCGGAGUUUCCUUUUCAAAACAUUUGUUUGUCUCAGCAGAUUGUCGGCUUUCGUCUGGUUUGGUGAUGUCGUUGUAAACAAAGCACAAACAUCAUGGAUGAGGACAGUAGACCUUUACUAGGAUCAGUGCGAGCUGGGGAGUAUUACACGGAUUCAUUGGACCCCAAGCAAAGAAGGCCGUUCCAUGUGGAGCCCAGAAACAUAGUGGGGGAUGAAGUUCCGGAGAGGGUGUCCGCUGAAGCAGCGGUGCUGAGCAGCAGAGUUCAUUACUACGGCCGUCUGACAGCCUCUUCAGACCGACUGCUGGUACCGCCAGACCAUGUGAUUCCUUCUCUUGAGGACAUCUAUAUCUACAGUCCACUGGGAACAGCGUUCAAAGUGCAGGGGGGCGACAGUGCUGCCAAAAACCCCAGCAUUGUCACAAUCUUCGCCAUAUGGAACACCAUGAUGGGAACAUCUAUAUUAAGUAUGCCAUGGGGAAUAAAGCAGGCUGGUUUCACUCUGGGCAUCAUCAUUAUUAUUCUUAUGGGUCUGCUGACGCUCUACUGCUGCUACAGAGUAUUAAAGUCCACAAAGUCCAUACCGUAUGUAGACACCUCAGACUGGGAGUUUCCUGAUGUGUGUAAAUAUUACUUUGGGGGUUUUGGAAAAUGGUCGAGUCUCGUCUUCUCACUGGUGUCACUGAUUGGCGCGAUGGUGGUCUACUGGGUCCUCAUGUCCAACUUCCUGUUCAAUACGGGAAAAUUCAUUUACAACUAUGUUCACAAUGUCAGCACGUCAGAAGCGUUUGGCACAAAUGGAACAGAUAGAGUGAUAUGCCCAUAUCCAAAUGUGAAUCCAGACGGAAACGGUCUCACUCUCCAAUACUAUGCGAGUGACAACAGCACAGAACAAAUGUUUGAUCGCUGGUGGAGUAAAACCAACACCAUCCCAUUUUACCUUAUUGUUCUGCUGCUGCCGCUGCUCAAUUUCCGCUCGGCUUCCUUCUUCGCCAGGUUCACCUUCCUAGGCACCUUGUCAGUUGUCUAUCUAAUCUUUUUGGUCACGUAUAAAGCCAUUCGACUGGGCUUUCACCUGGAGUUCCACUGGUUUGAUUCAUCAACAUUUUUCGUUCCAGAGUUCAGAUCCCUGUUUGUUCAGCUGAGUGGGGUUCUCACAUUAGCAUUUUUCAUUCACAACUGCAUCAUCACACUUAUGAAGAACAACAGACAUCAAGAAAACAAUGUGCGGGAUCUGUCAUUGGCGUACCUGCUGGUGGGGUUAACGUACCUCUAUGUGGGUGUGCUGAUCUUUGCUGCUUUCCCAUCCCCGCCACUGACCAAAGAAUGCAUUGAACCAAACUUUCUGGAUAACUUUCCCAGCAGUGAUGUCCUGGUUUUUGUAGCGAGGACUUGCCUUCUGUUCCAGAUGACCACAGUGUAUCCUCUGCUUGGGUACCUAGUGCGUGUGCAGCUGAUGGGGCAGAUCUUUGGCAACCAUUACCCAGGUUUCCUUCAGGUGUUUAUUCUGAACAUCUUCCUUGUGGGAGCUGGAGUCGUAAUGGCCAGGUUUUACCCUAACAUCGGUUCCAUCAUCAGGUAUUCGGGGGCCAUAUGUGGUUUGGCUCUGGUGUUUGUGCUUCCCUCUCUGAUCCACAUGAUCUCACUGAAUCGCAGAGGUGAGUUACGCUGGCCCUCCGCUCUCUUCCACGGCUUCCUCAUCCUGCUCGGGGUGGCCAAUCUGUUCGGCCAGUUCUUCAUGUAACACGCUGUGCCUUAAAUGAACCGCUCAUAGUCUGCGUUUACCUGAUGAAAGAGGAACUCUGUGUGUAGGGAACGGUUCCUUAGGUGCUACGGCUGGAAUUACAAAACCGACUAAUCAAGUUCCAGUGGACUUCAUUACAAGAAACUCUCUUAAAAGGCACCAAGCAUCUUAGUUUUUACAUUUGAAAAGGGUUUAAUUAAAGCUAUGCAUUAAUCAUGUUGCUUUUAACACCUAUUGUUAGUUUCAGUAAAGCUAUUUCUGCAGGGAUUCAAUCAUUUAAUUGUUUUUUAAAGUUCUUCAGAAUUGCUAAUCAUCAUCUCACAUCAGAUUUGCUUCUUCACUCUGAAUUUGAAACAUUUAGUUAAAUGCAGAGUGAAGAUGGUUGUUACAUGAAAUGAGCAGUUUUGUUUUUAAUUACUAGAACUGUACUGAACGCCACUGAAUUCUGCGUAACAUCACUACUAGAAUGUGUUUUAAACUAUUCACAUGCAAAAUCAAGUUCUCAGAUUAGGACCUUGCUAAAGAAAGCGGAUGCAGAUGAAGUCGGUGUGCGACGUAAAUGCGACUCGAAGGUCUUUCAGACCCAGUUUUUACUCUGACAGUGUUGUAUAAAUGUACUCAAAUGUAAUGGAUACAUAAAGGGAAACACAAGUCUAUAGAUUUGGUUACAAGCAAAAAUGUUUCGGAUGGGAUGUAUUGAUAUCGUAGAGUAGUGUCAUUCUCCAGCUGAAUCUGAGUGUACUGAUGCGUUCUGUGUAAGUUCUUGUCACUUUAUGAAAUAUGUGCACAUCAAUAAGGGAAGCUUUAAUUUGCACACUUUUGUGAGAUUCCAAAACGUAUGUCAGUUUUCGGUGUUUGUAAAUGUACUUUUAUGUCAGCUGUGUAUUUUUAAACAGUUAAAAUGAAAUUGUGACCUCUCUGUAUUAGAAAAAAUGCAUUUUAAAGUAUAAAUUGAACCCAGCUCACAGUUAAAACCUAUAAAAAUCCAGUAGUUUUGUUAGCUGAGGGCGUUUUCCUUCAUAAUGGUUUCCACUCUUUUUAAAAAGUGCUGAAUGUUUUGUUUUUUUUUUUUUUUUAAAGAAAAUGUUAGUCAACAAGAGAUCACAGCUGAACAUUUUUAUUAUAAAAUGUCAGAUGAAUAAAGCUACAUGGUUCCAGAACUGUUUUUAAACGUAUGUUGUGAUUAAAAUAAAAAUAAACUUUGA